AUGUCUCCGGAGCAGGCGGUGACUGGGAAAUAUUCUAGAAAGUCGGAUAUAUUUAGUUUUGGUAUCAUAGUACUUGAGAUUGUAAGUGGAAAGCAGAACAGGGAAUCCUCCUCCAGCACCAAUCUUCCUAGCCAUGUAUGGGCCAAAUGGAAAGAGGGGAAUUGGGAAGAGACUUUGGAUCCUGUCAUACGCCAUUCAUCGCCAUUUCCGAGUGAACAAGUCCGAAGAUGCAUAGAAAUUGGUCUCUUGUGUGUGCAACAAGUUGAAGAGGACGGACCAAACAUGACCUUGGUGGAGACGAUGCUCGCAAGCCAAAGUUAUGAGAUUCGGCAUCCGCAACAACCAGGUUUUUUCAUGGGUCAAGGUCAGUUUCAGGAUCAGAUUCCUUCGUCUUCCAGUACGUAUGGCGAAUGUUCGAUGUACAGGGCCAACUUAUUCACCAACUCCGCCUUAACCAUGCCGCGAUAA